UUUUUUUUUUUUUUGAAGGUAGUCUAGAAUAUCAAACACUCAUUCUAUAGUUCCCUUUGUGUAGUGACGGUAGGGAUGUCUGCAUUGGUGGCAUUGACCUGGGCCAGGUGGUCACAGCAGACGUCAGUGUUUUUAUCCCUGAUCCCCCCUUGGCGGAUGGAACACUACCUUGGCCACCGACAGGGAAGUAUCGCACUCUCAAUAUCAAGCAAAAGGCCUUGAUGCAGCCUCAGUUCAAGUAUCGCAGAGCUAUCGAAGGGCGCAAGAUCGACGAGAUCCAUGAUGCCGAGAGUUCACUAUUGCCGAGAAGAGGCAUUCUUGAUGAGGACGUUCGGUUGUUCUUGAACUCAAUAGAUAAAAACAGACAGGUGUUGAACGAGUACUACAACCAAUCGUUCCGGCAUCGUCGCAAUACUUGGGAUCUGAAAAAGGCGAGGGAUGCAGAGGACCGAAUCGCUAUCGAGGCUAUUAUCAAAUUGGUGCUGUGGGUUGUGGGUCUCGGCAAGUUCGGCACCUCAUCCGGGUUGACUUCACUGCACGGCACAUUCAGCGCAAAGUUGAUUUCAGCGUUCAGGACCAGGGGUCAUGCGGUGUGUCCGUUCAAUGGCCCUGUUGGUCCAAGCAGAAAAUACGACCAUGGAUUUGUUGGACGGGUGAAUAUGCGUAGCAUGUAUUGUUUAGCCUGCCAGAUGCCUUUCCACCGCGACAGCAUGGCUGCACAAAACAUGGUGCGAGCUGCCCAGUAUAGGCUUUUCAAGGGUAUACGACCUGCUGAACUUCAGCCUUUGGACUCCAACGGCCAGCCGAUAUGGUCCUAGCGACUCAAUCAUCAGCGGGUUUAACUGUUUUUAUAUGACGUAUCGGUAUUAAGCUAAUCAUGCAUUUUUAUUUAUUUUAU